CGGCGAUAAGGGUGAUCGACUGAUUGCUUGCCUCAGUCGAAGACGAGACUCAAUAUGGCGGACCAACAGCAACUGUUAGAAGAGUUUGUAAGUGUAACUGGAAGUGAUGCCGAGAGAGCUCAGUUCUAUCUCGAAGCAGCGGGAUGGCAACUUCAUAUAGCUUUGAGCAGUUUUUAUGACGAAGACGGUGGAGGGCAGGAUGAUGCUGUUGAUGUUGAUGGAGACUCGCUUGUUGAAACGACUUCAGCUCCAGUGACAUCAUCAAGUAGACAACCAUCUCAACCUGAAAGUGCCUCUUCAACAUCUGGAAGGUUUGCAACCAUAUCGUCUCUACACAAUGAUGAAUCAGAUAGCAGUGGAAGUAAUGAGGAUGAGGGACAAGCUUUUUAUGCUGGUGGCAGCGAAACAAGUGGGCAACAAAUUCUAGGACCCUCAAAAAGGAAGAACAAGCCAGAUGGAAUAGCACAGAAAAUUUUUGAUGCUGCCAAAAGACAGGGAGCUGAGCCAACUGACAACGACUCGGAAGCAAGAAAACCAAAACAGAGACAGGCUUUUGUUGGAGCAGGCUUUCGACUUGGUUCCGAGGCUGUAGCAUCAGAGCAAAUCACACCAUCAAUCCAACAGUCUGCUGAUACAAGCAGAGGGCCUGUAACUAUUCACUUAAAGUUUUGGUCAAAUGGCUUCUCAAUAGAUGAAGGGCCUCUGCGAUCUUUCGAUGAUCCUGCCAACAGAGCGUUACUGAAUUCAAUCGAAAAGGGUGAAAUCCCGCGUGAACUUGUACCAGCAGGACGAGGUCAAGAAGUCCAUGUCAACAUUGAAGAUCACCGCCAUGAGGAAUAUGUUAAACCUAAACUAAAAGUUCCAGUUUUUUCUGGUAAAGGACAAAUGCUUGGGAGCCCUGCACCCCAAGUUGUAUCAAACAGUCUAGAGCCGACCUCGACUACGUCAUCAGCUCCUCCCAAGCAGAUGACCGUUGAUGACACAAAACCAGUAACCACGUUACAGAUUCGACUUGCAGAUGGAACACGCCUUGUUUCAAAAUUUAACCAUACCCACACGGUGUCAGACAUCAGAAACAUGGUCAGACAAUCUCAACCAGGAGCAAGUGACAAUUUCAUCCUUAUGACCGCCUUCCCUAACAAAGAACUUACAGAAGAGUCCAAAACAUUAGCAGAAGCAAAUUUGCUUAAUGCAGUUAUCAUACAAAAAAGAAGAUAGAUGUUAACUUAUGAUUACCUAGAAUCGCCCGUUCGGCUUAAAUGACGUUUUUCUACCCCGUUCAGAGGAUAAUAAUCGCGAAGAAGGUUCUGUUUCUAGAUUAUUUAAGCAUUUCUCAUUUCAAUAUAAUUGCCCUUUAGCCAGUUGAUAUAUUUAUUUGCUAUUUCUUCAUGUCGAUACUUUGGUAUUGCAACCUAAAAAUGUUUAUAGGAUUGUCUUGGUUUCCGUUGCGAAGUAAAUAUUCUCAGACCAGCCGUGUGAAUGAACACAGCACUAGUGAAGUUGCGAAUUUAUCUUUGCCAGGAGCGAGAAAUAACUAAAUUUUAGCUCAUUUUCGAAAUUUGUCUAAAUUCGGUUUUCAGUAAUUCUUUGAAUAAAAAUGAACUGUUUUGAAUUAAUUAUAAAGAUAAAGUUAAAUAAACAGAUGGACUUAUCAAAGUUAGUAAAUAUUUAAUUGUUGGUUGGUUGAGUCAGUUGUUUCGUUCGUUCUAUGGUAUCUAACAUAAAAAAAUGUAUACUGUUUGGUUGUUUGAAUAAGACCUUACGUUUUCCCCAUUAUGUUGACUAAGCAUCAUUGCUGAAUCUGCGUGAAGUAAGUGAUGUAAUACACCAAUUCAACUUACAGCCUCAUUUUGAAAAAAUUCUUCAAACUUUUUUGUGCAAAAUGUUUGUCCCUAGAUUGUGAUUAAGAGCAAGAAUUUUAGUCUACCUGGGAGUUUCAUUGUGUUAUUGCUGACGAUAUUGAUUUUAUGACGACAUUAAGAUAAAAAUUUUAUAAGGGGUUUGACCAUGAUUGGCGACUAAGGGAGUAAAGUUUCCCCCAGAACGAUUUUUGCAGUGCAAGUUUUUGAACUUCAUUUCUCCGCAAAAUCUAAGCUAUAAGCACAAACAAUAUAAAAAAUUGUAUCUAGCUGGAAAGUAUGGAAAGAUAAAACCGAAUCUGAGCUCAAAAAAGUCGUGCAAUGAAGUUUGGAGUAAUUUCUAAAAAUGAGGCCGUAAGUGUAAUCGGUGUAAAUUAUCUUUUAUGAAUAUCACUGUUAACCAUUCUGAUAUGUAUUGCUCGGUAUUGUAAAGACAGAUCUGUACAUGCUUUGGUUGGUAGAACAGGACGGUUCUAAGACGC